UAUAUAGAUGCAGCUGAUGCAAUACCGGCCCGACAUAACACCGACAUCCGCUCAAAGGCCCAGGCGCCGAUCGGAGGAGGGGACCCGCAGCUCAUUGUUGAAACAAAGUCAGACGCUCAGGAUUUUGACUGCUUCCACUCCUGCAGAUCGACGGGUAGCAGCAUGCCUCUCAUCAGAAACCUCAGCAAGGUGGCCAGGCAGGCCCUGCUCAGCGCCCCUGCGUGCGGCUGCCAGCCCCUGACUGUGGCCGUGCGCAAUAUCAGCUUCUCGCCGCGGCAGGUGACGUCCGAUGCCAGCUUCCACUCUGUGUCCUUCUCAGAAACGGACCAUCCCAAGGUGCUCAUUACAGGGGGCCUCGGGCAGCUCGGGGUGGGACUCGCCAAAAUGUUGAGAAAGCGGUUUGGAAAGAACAACGUCAUCCUGUCUGACAUCAGGAAACCGCCCAGCAGCGUUUUCCACAGCGGCCCCUUCAUCUACUCGGACAUCCUGGACUACAAGAACCUGAGGGAAAUUGUGGUGAACAAUCGCAUCACGUGGCUGGUUCACUACAGCGCUCUCCUCAGCGCCGUGGGAGAGGCCAACGUGGCCCUGGCACGUUCUGUGAACAUCACUGGGCUUCACAACAUCCUGGACAUCGCAGCGGAGCACGGCUUGCGUCUGUUUGUCCCCAGCACCAUUGGUGCCUUUGGUCCCACUUCACCUCGUAACCCUACGCCAGAUCUCUGUGUGCAGAGGCCUCGCACCAUCUAUGGUGUCUCCAAAGUCCACGCUGAGCUGAUGGGAGAGUACUACCACCACCGCUACGGCCUGGAUUUCCGUUGCCUCCGCUACCCAGGAAUCAUCUCUGCUGACUCCACUCCUGGAGGGGGCACAACAGACUAUGCCGUCCAGAUUUUCCACGACGCCAUCAAAACUGGCAAGUUUGAGUGCAACUUGAAAAACGACACGAGGCUCCCCAUGAUGUACAUCGACGACUGCCUCCGGGCCACCCUGGAGGUGAUGGAGGCACCGACCGACACGCUGAGCAUGAGGACGUACAACAUCAACGCCAUGAGCUUCACCCCCGAGGAGCUGUCCCAGGAGCUCCAGAAGCAGAUGCCCGAGCUGGAGGUCACGUAUGACAUUGACCACGUCAGACAGGCGAUCGCCGACAGCUGGCCAAUGAACUUCGACGACUCCAACGCACGGAAAGACUGGGGCUGGAAACACGACUACGACCUUCCAGAGCUCGUCCAGACGAUGCUGAACUACUUUGGUGCAGAAACGCGCAUGGCUCGUGCUAACUGAGCGCAGCAUCAGCCCGCGUAUUGUUUUGAGCGUAAAAAAGUAUAGACUGACCAAAGAGAAUAGAGGAACAUUGCCUGUACAUAGUCGUUCUCUCACUUCUCUCAGUAACAUCAGAAGGGCUCUGCUUGCCUGGCACAAGGCCACGUGUCUCCAGUCGGCGCAGGCAAGACGAUCCCCCCCCCCUGCUCCUGUCCUUCUACCCCUGCUUUGCUCUCCUUCCCCUUUUUCUGCUCUGGAGAAUUAGGCGAAGAGCAGUCUGUCAGUGGAAGGUUAUUCAGACGUAUCCAAUAUGAGCUUGUAUGGAUAAAAGAUGACUUUGCAUGAUAAUGAACUGCAAAAUCUUUUGCGGUGUUCUCUGGGUAAAAAAAAAACAAACAACGUCUAGAUAAACAGGAAAUGUUGAAAUGUGCAUUUAUCUCCCUCCAGGCUCUUUUAGAAAUCCAAACCGGUGAGGGUUGUACGUCUGCUAGAUUUCCAUGGAUUGACAAAAUUCAAAUGUGGCGGGGGCUAAAAAGCAACUUCGGAUUGAGGGCUGUUCAACUACAAAAGUUGUCCUUUGCACUUUAGAUGAAUCUCUCUUAAAAUUACUGACAAAUGAGCCCGUGGGGGCAAUUUCUGCUAAAGUGCAUCUGUGUUUCGAGCUGUGCGGAGUGAUAAUUCUUAGGAAUUGUUCUUCUGUUUAUUCCACUUUAAUAUUAUUUAUUCUGUCUGUUGGCGUUUAAUUUGUGGGAGCUUCAUUAAGUGAGUGUUUCUUAACUCACUUUUUUUUUUUCUAAGUGUUUGUCCACUUUGUUUUUUUCCUUUUCAAAAACUCCAGGGUUUAUUUUGGCACAAAAGGGAAAUGUGACACUGUAUGCCACAUUUACGUUUGGCCACAUUUUGUGGUUUCUGUAUUUCAACUCUCUGUAAAAUAAAUGUUGGUUUCUAUGAAA